GAAUUUUACAGUUUUUGCUCAACAUCGAUCACAAAACUUUAUCUUCCCACAAUUUCGCUCUUCCACACCAUAUAAUUAUCAUCCGCUAUAACACACACUAUCAUUUUUUUGUCUGCGCGUAAAGGCCAAAAUAUGAGUUAGUGUUUGAAUAUAAAACAUGAAUAUAUAAGAGCUGAAUUGAACGCCAUAAAGCUCAGUGUCUCGAUGUGAGUCAAUCAGCGUGUUUCCUCAGCGCUUCUGUCCAGAAUGAUUGGGUUAAUUCUGUCGAUUGUCGCGACUAUUGUUGUCGGUGGAUACGUAUUCAUCACAUGGAAUCACAAUCACUGGAAGAAGAGGAAUUUCCCAGGACCGGAGCCGCGCUUCUUCCUGGGAAACAUUCCCAGUAUGGUGACCCAGAAGCGUAACAUGACUUACGAUGUCGACGAUUUGUAUCGGGAGUUCAAGGACCGUCACGGCAUUAUAGGAUUCUUCAGCAUGAGAUCGCCCAGUCUCAUGAUAUUGCAGCCGGAUGUGGCGAAAGAUGUGCUCGUGAAGAACUUCAAGCACUUCUCCACAAAUCAAUUCACGGACAUGAUGGACAAGGAAACUGAUCCCAUUUUCGCCAGAAAUCCCUUCAUGUUGCGCGGCGAUGAGUGGAAGGAGAAACGAGCUGAAAUCACACCGGCCUUCACGUCAACAAGAAUAAAAACCAUGUACCCGAUAAUUGACGACGUGUGCGCGAUUAUGAUCAAGUAUCUGGAGAGAGAAUGUGAAAAGGCGCCAGUGGAUGGAAUUGACGCUAAGGAAUUGGCCGCAAUGUACACAACUGACGUGGUUUCCAAUUGCAUCUUUGGCCUCGAUGCUGGAUCUUUUACUGGCGGCGAUGCCACAAUUAGGAAGAUGGGAAAGAAACUCAUGGAACCAAAUUGGCAAAUUAUGCUCUACUUUAUGGCAGUUCAAAUGCUCCCAUUCCUGAUGAAAAUCUACAAAAUGGCCUUCGUGCCAAAGUACAUUGAGAAGUUCUUUGUACAAAUCAUGAAAAAUGCCAUCGCCUUCAGAGAGAAGUCUAACGUCGAUCGUUUCGACUAUCUUCACUACCUUCUCGAGCUGAAGGAGAAGAAGAACCUCAAUGAACUCGAUAUGGUUGCUCAUGCCGUGACAUUCUUCCUGGAUGGUUUUGAGACGUCCAGCAUUGCCAUGGCUUUCACACUCUACGAAUUGGCAGGACACAAGAAUGCGCAGAAUAAGCUCAGGAAGGAGAUUCAAGACACUAUCGCCAGUCAUGGAAAGCUCACCUUUGAUAUCGUCUCAGAAAUGCCUUAUCUCGAUCAAGUCCUGAACGAAUCCCUUCGCCUUUACCCACCGGCAACGACUUCUGCCAAAGUCUGCACAGAGAGAAUUCAAUUUAAGGUCAAGGAGGGCGAAUACCGAACAAUUGAGAAGGACGACAACAUCGCUAUUCCAAUCUACUGCUUCCAUCGUGAUCCGGAGUUCUAUGAGAAUCCCAAUGAAUUCAUUCCGGAGAGAUUCGAUCAGGAAAACGGUGGAGUGAAAGCUUUCCGUGAAAAGGGAGUUUUCUUGCCUUUUAGCGAUGGACCAAGGAUUUGUCUUGGACAGAGAUUCGCCCAGACUCAACUGAAGGCAGCAAUUGUGUCUCUAAUCCGAGACUUUGAAAUCGACGUCAAUCCUAAAACCAAGGAACCAAUCGUGCUGGAUCCGAAGCAAUUCCUGGCUUAUGCUGAGGGCGGAUUGUGGCUCAAUUUCAAGAAGCUUUAAAUAAUAUUCGUCGUGCAGAAAGCUGCCAUUUUCUUCGCAAUUCCUUUAGAAAGUAAAAUCAUAAUCAUAACAUUGCGAAAUAGACCGUCUUUAAUGCUUCAUGAUCUCACCUACAUACAUAUCAGGAAAUGUGGAAUAAAAAAAGCACAGUUUGUAAAUAAAAACAACCUUGAACUCGCCAAAAUUCUCCCAAUUCUAACACACAAGUGAAGAUGUAUUAAAAUAGCAAAGAGAA